AGAGGAGCUGCUGGCUGGCAGCGUGGAGGAGCAGAGCCCAGAGGACGGGCAGCGAGGAGCGUCUCCGCUGCGGGUUGUUGUUUCUUCCUCUACACGAAUAUAAAAAAAAAAAAAAAAACCCACAGAAAACUCGCAGGUGAACAUAACCAACCGACGGGACUUUACGACGCGCUCUGACGUCACCAGACAGCCGAGAAAAAGCCAGCGUUUCAGCGCUGCAUGGUCGGGUAAGCUAGCUAGCUAGCUGGCUAACAGUUAGCAUCGGAGGCUAGUUUGGUUUUUAAGCUAGCGAGCGAGGUCCAGCCCCAAAAAAAAAAGUUGUUUACCUCGUGUGGAUGAGCUCCCCCCUCCUCCUCCUCGCGACUGCUUGUUCCCCUGGGAUAAGAGCGCGAGGGUCAGGUGUGCACAUUGGGGUUUGACAGCGCGUGCUGGGGAGAGGAAGCUAAAGCGAGCAUGUCCGCAGAGGUCGCGAGCAGUCCGGGGCUGACAGCCGCGGAGGAGACGAAGAAGAAGAGCGAGGGGCCUCCAGACGACCGGAGCGGCCACGUGGAGGAGGUGCAGGAGGAGGUGGUGGUGGUGCAGGAGGAGGAGGUGGUGCAGGAGGUGGUGGAGGCUCCUCCGCCCAAAGUUAACCCCUGGACCCGGAGGACGACGGGCAGGGGGCCGAGCAGCAUCACCCCCAACCCCGGCCCUCAGGAGCGAGAACAACAAAACACUCUGAAAGUCGUACGUGCCAGCAAGCCAAGAACGAGAAAAUCCAGCAAGUCCGGUGACUUCAGUGAUAUCACAAACUGGCCCACACCUGGUGAGCUGGCCAAAGAGCAGCAACAAAAUGUCCUCAACAACAACGGGAAGAAGCCGGCGUCCGGGCGCCGAGAGAAGGAGAAGAGGAGGGAUCGACCGGACAGGAAGUCGGAGAGCAGCCACGACGGCGGCGAAAGCAAAGAGAACCAGGAGGCUCAACCCGACCCGCUGGGGGAGCUGCCCAAAGACGGGGAGUCCAAGACGGGACAGGACGCCAAGAGCGCCGGCCUGAAGAAGAGGGGAGGAGAGGGUAACAAACGUAAGUGGGUUUCUCUGCCGAUGGAGGACGCGUCCCGGGACGACGGUGACAAGACGCCCGGCAGAGGUCCGGCCCGCUCGGACACGGAGCCCACCGGCGACUCCCCCGACCCCACGUCGCCCAAUCACACACUCCAUAAUAACAGGGCGCAUGAUAGCAGCAGGAGUUGGAGAAGAGAUCCGCGGGACUUCGGUGAUGAUACUGCCAGCAUCCGGAGUGACAGCGGGAGCGUUCGCGGAGGAAUCCGAGGUCGAGGAAAAGGUCGUGGUCGCGGUAGAGGUCGUGGAAGAGGACGCUACGAAUACUCUCAUAGCUUCCGGGACUCUCAGUCGUCUGACGGCUCCGUUCAAGUGUCCUCAGAGUUCGGCUCCAACAUGGUUUACUACUACGACGACGGCAGCAAGGUGCAGAUGUACUCGGUGGACGAAAAGCUUCUUAAAGAAUACAUCAAACGCCAAAUUGAAUACUACUUCAGCCUCCACAACCUGGAGCGAGACUUUUUCCUGAGGAGGAAGAUGGACGUUGGGGGUUUCCUCCCCAUCUCCCUCAUCGCCAGCUUCCACAGAGUUCAGGCUCUCACCAUGGACGUCAGCCUCAUCAUGGAGGCCCUGAAGAGCAGCAAAGAGGUGGAGCUGGUGGACGACAAGAUCCGCUGUAAAAUCGACCCGGAGCGCUGGCCCAUCCCGGCUCCUGCCGUCGUGGGUUCCCCCCGGACCGACUUCUCCCAGCUCAUCAACUGUCCCGAGUUUGUUCCUCGACAGACCGUCAGCUCCACAAACUCCGCUUCAUCGCCCGUGAAGAAGACUCCUCCUGAGUCCACUGAGCCUCAGGACUCGGAUGAACCCGGUUCCUCCCGUCAGGAUUCUCUCUCAACCAAAGACGCCCCCCCACCCGCCGGCGACGUCUGGAUCCAGGUGGAGAAACGCCACCGACAGACUGCCGGGAAGGAGCGCAGUGAUGCUUCUCCUCGCAGCACACAGGCUCCUCAGCCGGCCGCUCACGACCAGGAGGAGCUGGACUUCCUGUUCGACGAAGAGAUGGAGCAGAUGGCGCCGAGGAAGAACAGGUUCACCGACUGGUCGGACGAAGACGACUCGGACUACGAGCUGGAUGACCAGGACGUCAACAAGAUCCUCAUCGUCACGCAGACGCCUCCUUACAUGCGUAAGCACCGAGGCGAUCGAACCGGCAACCACGAGUCCCGCGCCAAACUCACAACCGACAUCGCCAAGGCCAUCAACGACGGGCUGUUCUACUACGAACAGGAUCUGUGGAAGGGAGAGGAGACGGUCGAGUGCACCAAGCAGGAAGUGGAGAACUUCAAGAAGCUGAACGUCAUCAGUCAAGACGAGUUUGAGACUCUGGCCCCCAAAGUGCCCGUUGACCCAGGACAGGAAGUCCCGCCUCCUCUACUGCCAGUGGACAGCGGAGCAGACUUGGCCCGCUCUCUUCCUGCAACGGUCCCAGAGUCGCCCAUCGCUCACGAACCCCGAACCCCCCGAACGCCUCGCACCCCCGGACGCCAGGACCCCAACAAGACGCCUCGCUUCUACCCCGUCAUGAAGGAGAGCGGCACCAUCGACGGACAGACGCCGAGGAAGAAGAAGACCCGCCACAGUUCGAACCCUCCUCAGGAAGCCCACAUCGGCUGGGUGAUGGACUCCCGUGAGCACCGGCCGCGCUCCUCCUCCAUCAGCAGCUCCAACGCCUCUCCGUCAGAAGGAGCUCCGCUGACAGGAAGUUACGGCUGCACCCCCCACUCUCUGCCCAAAUUCUGGCAUCCAUCCCACGAGCUGCUGAGGGACAACGGCUUCACCCAGCAGGGAUACCACAAGUACCUGCGACGGUGCAUCAAUGAGAGGAAACGGUUGGGUAUCGGUCAGUCUCAGGAGAUGAACACUCUGUUCAGGUUCUGGUCCUUCUUCCUGAGGGACAACUUCAACAGGAAGAUGUACGAGGAGUUCAAACUGCGUGCGCUGGAAGACGCCAAAGAAAACUACAGGUAUGGACUGGAAUGUCUCUUCAGAUACUACAGUUACGGUUUGGAGAAGAGGUUCAGGAUGGACCUGUUCAAGGACUUUCAAGAGGAGACCCUCAAAGACUUUGAGAGAGGUCAGCUGUACGGACUGGAGAAGUUCUGGGCCUUCUUGAAAUACUCUAAGAUGAAGAAACAGCCCAUCGACCCGAAGCUGCAGGAACACCUCUCCCAGUUCAAGAACCUGGAGGACUUCAGGGUGGUGCCCCCGAUGGGAGAGGAGGGAGGCAGAAGGAGACGUCAUUCAUCCUCGGCUGGGGAUGAAGGGAGGCGUCGGCGACACCCUUCCAACACUACCUCAAAGCCAACGCAGGCCUCCAAAUCCUCCACCGCUGCUGCUGCUGGCACACAGAGUACACCCAAAGACAACGCCCAGAAAACUACAACCACCGCCAACACCGCUGCCAACGCCCAGAAAACGACAACAACCACCGCCAACGCCCAGGGGAAGAAGGCCGAGCCCGGAGCUGCGAAGAAGGAAAGUAAAUGAAGCUCCCUCCCGUUAGGGUUUGGAUAGAAGAGAUGUAGAGCGAGGCGGCUGCAGCAGCAGCUCUGAGAUCAGCGAUUCGCUUUGGAAAAAAAAAAACGUUUGGGAAUGAAGAGAGACUGAGCGUUGGUCGACUUAAUUUGAUUGUUUUUUAUCUGUGCAUUUCAUUUGCAAAGCAAGCAAGCAAGCAAGCAUAUGCAGUGAGCCUGAAUCUGUGCGCCUGACAGCUCGUAUAACGUUUACACAAAAAUACAAAAAAAAAAUGCAUUCCCUGCAUUUUGCCUUUUUAUUCACUCAGAUGCCAAAACUCUUCAACACUUUUUUUUUGUUGACCACAAUCUGUAAAGAGCUCUGGUCUGUACGGAGCUCUCUCUGCCUGUUGAACUGUGAUUCUAGUUUGCCAAGAUAAGAGAUACUACAGAUUGUCUUGAGUGCCUUAAUCUGACUCAGCAGUAGAGACCGGAGGGCCGUCGAUCGGAGACAAAAUAGUCCAAAUUUCACUCUUUAAAGUCUUCCCUACUCGUUUUUCGGGGUUUGAAUGUGUUUUUAAAACUGACACCACUUACAGGUUGUUUUCUCUUCCUGAGACAUAAAUAUCAUUUAUUCUUUUAUCAUGACAAUCAAGUAGACAGCUGCCGUCAUCAAUUUGUGAAGGACUGACCCUCGAGGCUGCUGCUCAUAAACGGAUGUGCCCUGAUGUUUUGACCGACGGACAUCACAGCUAAACUUAUCGUGUUGGUUUUAAAUUUAAAAAACCUGCAGGAAUGAUGACAAAUUUUACGUGGGAAGCUUUAUUCUAAGUGCCGUUUUUACACCCAGAGGUAGUAUAAUUUAUUGUUUUAUUCUUCUUUUUAUUAUUACUUGAUUUGAAAUGUUUCUGCUGGAAUUAUGGGUGUGAAGCUAGCAUCAUAAAACUACAGUAUAAUUUAGCUUACUUCAUAUUAUGUUUGAGGCUUUGUGCUCUAGAGCACUUAAAUCAUUAACUUUCCUUUACUUCAUCAAUGGACUUAAGAGGUUUUUUUUAGAGUUGAAUUUAAAGAAGAAAAAAAAUGUAAAUACUAUAAAAAAUCAUUUGCUAUUCAAUUAUUCUUUUUGAUUUUAAGAAUUGAUUUGUUUUAUCGGUAGUGUGGUUUUGAGUGUGUUUUAGGAUAAUGCAAUGCAUGUUAAUGCCACAGUCUUGAAUUGUAAAAUGCAAAAAAAUAUAAAAUAACAGUUGAUUGUA